CACGGAAGUAAUUUUAUACAAUGAAAUUAUUAGUUUGAACAGGUUAAACAGGGGUUUUUAUCGUGGUUUUUUACCCUUAUUGUUAACUCUGUUGUAAAUAUAUAUAAUAUGGGUUAAUAAUCCCAGACAUCCCACUGAUCUAAUGUCACUUUUGUAUUCUCAGAAUUCUUCUCGCCAUUGGGACAGAUAAUAAACAAAGAAUAACGCAUGCGCAGAUUUCUGACUGUUUUGGUCCACGUUGCCUGCUUUAGGCAAAUAAAUCUAAUAUAACGAAUCGGUUAACUUUAACCAGGUGAUAUUUCUAGAACUUAUAAAAAGCCUUUUUUUUUUUUCCUUGUAAUGGAUCAGUACACGGUUAUUAAAGUCAUCGGUGAAGGAUCUUUCGGACGGGCUCUCUUGGUUCAACCCAAAACUGACAAAAUAAAAUGGGUUAUGAAAGAAAUACGACUACCAAAGGCAGAGGGCAGAAUGGAGCGUGCGCGCAGAGAGGCGGUUCUCCUGUCCACAAUGAAGCAUCCAAAUGUUGUGGCUUUCAGAGAGUCAUUUGAAGAUGAUGGCCAUCUGUACAUUGUUAUGGAGUUCUGUAGUGGAGGUGACCUUCUCCAAAGAAUGCAGCAGCAAAAAGGCUCUCUAUUCCCUGAGGAUAUGAUACUCCGGUGGUUUUCACAGAUGUGUCUGGGCACAAAGCACAUUCAUGAUAAACGAGUUCUUCAUCGAGAUUUAAAAUCAAAGAACAUAUUCCUGACAGACCAAGGCACAGUCAAACUGGGAGAUUUUGGGUCGGCAUGUGCUCUUAAGAGUGCAAAAGCUUAUGCCCAGACCUAUGUUGGAACUCCAUACUACGUGUCUCCAGAGGUCUGGGACAACCAACCAUACAAUAACAAGAGUGAUAUCUGGUCUUUAGGCUGUGUCCUCUAUGAACUCUGCACUUUACAUCAUCCGUUUAAGGCCCGUAGCUGGAAGAGUCUGAUUUUGAAAGUGUGUCGUGGGUCUUACACACCUUUGCCCAGUCACCUUCCCUAUGAGCUUCACUACUUGAUUAAACACAUGUUUAAAACCAACCCAAGAGACAGGCCUUCCAUACACACCAUCCUCAGCUCUCACCGUGUGUCCAGACUGCUCCACAAACACAUACCUGAAGAGGAACUGCCCAAGAAAGAAACCAAGGAACUAUCAGAGAAACGAGUAAACCAGUGGAGAAGAGAAGAAGGAGAGAAAGUGGCCAAGUUUCUGGGCCAGAAGAGUUUAUUAAACACAUCUACAGCUAAAGACACUAGUUUCAGAAAUUCGUCUGAGAAUCAGAGGGGUAACGUAGCUACCCGAAAGAGGUGGGCAAAAGAACCCUCCAGCACAGUGCUACAGGUCCUUGGGAAUGCUGACAUCAUUUCCUCUGGUGACACGGCAACCAUACAAGGGUCUGACUCUAAUAAAGCGGAGGGAUUUAUGGAAAUGCCAAAACGGGAAAGAAGGCAAUGGGACAAGGAUCCCCCUGAAAGACUUUUGAGCCUCUUGGAGAAAGCUUCUCUGAGCACAGCCUUCAACACCUACAUUAUCCACAGACACAAGCAGAAUGAUGAUGUUCCAGACGGUCCGGAAGAAGUUCACAUUGACCAGAACAGACUUGAAGCCCGUUCAGAUGAUGAAGAUACGGAUUUUGAAGAGGAUUGCCAUUUUGACUGGCAAGACGAGCUGGAGAAAAUGUUAACAGAACACUAGAAAUGGUUGCAAUUCUCCAAGGUGUGUGUGUGUGUAUGUUUGAAUACAGAAUGUACCAAUUAAAUCUUUUGUUUUAAUUUGUAAAUAAAUGCGAGGACUAUGUAAGAAA